CAGAACAACAGCGAAAGAGUACGUUAAUCCUAUUAACAUACCGUUUACUGCUGUCUUUUUUAAGGCUUGGAUGGCUACCCGACGACGCACCACAACAAAUACACCGAUGCUGAUAAAGUUGGUGAAGACGACGUGUUCAUGACAUUGGAUUUACCAGUUGAACCUUCUGAAUCUCGAUCUAACUCUGAAGGUAGUGGAAGUCAUCAGAGCGUUGAUAAACAAUCACAGCAUCAGCAAUCCAGUAUUCAAUACAUAUCGGGCGAAAAACCAUCACCACUGAUCAAGCCUGGUGAUGACAAAGUUACUCCACUAGUACCUGGUGAUAACUAUUCGUAUGUUCAGAUUACUGAUCCGUGCGACAUCAAGUUAAAAUACAACUUUUAUAACUUGAAGGUGCACGAGUACAACUACCCGGUCGUCGAGGAACCGGUCGGAUCGAUCAUCAGCGCACGGCGAGAUUCGACCUCUAGUCUAAAGAAGCGGAACGCCCUCGAAACGCCACCGAUGAAGGAAGCGACCCUGAUCAAGACCCGAUUGCGCUGCAGAUAUUGCCAAGAGUUUUACAAUGACGAGUGGAACCACAAGGGCUCGUGCAAGUACGCGCCGGACUGCUUCAAGAGUGCCAUCGAAAACAUCUCCGGCAUGCUGUGCGCCCGUGGUAUGCUGUACCACUGUAUGAAGGACUCGGAGGGCGAAACGGCGGCACAUCCCUGCGCGUGCUCAACGGAAUCGGGAUGCACAAAGCGCUGGAUCGGUUUGGCCCUGCUCUCGCUGGUGGUGCCCUGUCUCUGGUGCUAUCCGCCGCUGCGCGCCUGCCACUGGGUCGGCGUUUCGUGCCGGUUGUGCGGUGGCAAGCACAAACCACAAAUUUGACAUCCGAUCAAGAUCAUCAACCUGACAAGUAUUAAUCAGCUUGACUGAUAGCCAUUGAGCAGCUCUAAAUGCCCUUUCUGAAUAGCAACUAGUGAGUCAAAAUAAACCAGAAACGUAGUGCAGCAUACGUACUAAACUUUGCGUGCAUAGCAAACAUACAGAUCCAAUAGACACAAGUAAAAAAACUCAAACCCUAAUGUAACAAAAUAAAGUAAUAAAAAAGCUUAAUGACAAAUCCAACCAUAUACACGUACACUCACACAGAAAAAAACAAGCAUACAAUGUUUAAUAGAAAAUGUUAAAGAAGCAAAAACAAAA